GUCCGAUUCGGUCAAGUCCAGUCGAGAGGAAAGAAAAAGAAUUGGCCUUGUCGGGUUGGUUGUAAAUCGCAGAAUAAAAUCAGUUAGCAAUUAGUCGGCACGGAAAGUGGUGUGUGUUCUUGCUGUGUUAAUGGAACAUAAAAAUCUGUGUCAAAGAAGCGUUAAAACUGCAUAAAGGCUAAAAUUCAUGGGAGAUUUUAUUGGCGUGUCUGCUUUAAGAAAAUCACUAGUUCAAGUGCGACUUUGCAGACAGCAACACGACUUUUUUGUCCGUAGUUAUCGGUCAAGUAUGUAGUGUGGAGAAAAUAAAAUUUGUGUCAAAAUGCGUAUUUGCAUAUGUGCAUAACUAGCAACGGACAUUGUGUUAAGUUAUGUGCAGAGAUAAACAAUGGAUAAAGGAAUACUAUACUGCGAACAAAGUGAUCAUCAUUUGUGUCAAAUAUUAAAUUUCGUUACCGGCUGUGAAUUUAAUUCUCAAGCAGACUGAGUUUCUAUAAUUGUCAAAAUAUAAAAUAUACAAUAUCGCAAAAUCUGACACUUUGUCGCAAAAAUUACUAAAAAAAAUUAAUCAAAUAAUACGCUAACUUUAUUUUGUGGGCAAUUAACGCGCACAAUUGCACGUGGUGUGGAAUUAGCUUCAUGUAUCCCGGAAAUCAAUCCUAGAUUGAUUCCGGAUUGACACAAAUCGAAUUUUAGACUAGACUAUUUGUUGUUCGUAACGAAUUUAAAAUGCCGCCAAGACACAAGAAUUGGAAAGGAACUCUCUUUCUGCUCUGUUGUUUGGGUGUACUCAAAGGAUUUCAUGGACCCUCAACGUUAUCUCUGGUCGACUAUGUCGUCGAGAAUAAAAAUUUCACGUUUGACCAGAUGAUCUACGAAGUUAUCCCUGCCAUAAUUCCAUCGCUCAUGCUCUCCUUCACCAUCCUUCUCAUGAUCACGGACGCCUUGAAUUACAAACCCAUAAUUGUGGUGGGGUCAAUAUGCAGCGUAUCCGCGUGGGUCGUCCUCAUCUGGUUUUACGACAGCGUCACAUUGACCAGGGUCCACCAAUGGAUACACGGCGCCCACACCGCAGCCUAUGAACUCGCCUACUACACCUACAUUUACACCCAGAUCGACAAAUCGGACUACCUCCGAGCCACCGCGGCCACCCAUGCGGCCGUCCUUCUCGGCCAAUUCCUGUCCUCCCUAGCUCCUCAAAUCCUCCUUCCCGCCAAAAUUCUCACCCUUCCCCAAUUAACCUAUUCCUACCUAGGCGCCGCCAUCGCCACCCUAUUAAUCAGUCUCAUCCUCCCCAAAGUAUUCGACGCCGUGGUCGACGAGCACAACGACAUGCACGUCUACACCGUCCCCACGGUGCCACAGCGUAGAAAAAACCAAGUCUUUACGACCUCCGAGGGCGACGAUUAUAAUCGCACGGGCGACCUCCAAACGCCAAAUGACGCUUGGUACCUGAAAUACCGCAACUCAAACGGUCCCGCUGUGCAGAAGCGGUUUUUUCAAAAGAUGAAAGAAGCACCGACCCAGUCCCGCCUAAAUUUUGUGCACGCCUAUGGAAACAUGCGGAUUUUGAAGUGGUGCAUCUGGUACGCGUCAUCGUACGGGGUUUUCUGGCAGGCAGAAGCGUAUCUGCCGACCGUGCUGUGGGGAGAGAUGGGGGGAAGGAAGAGGGGCAAGUGGGAUGGGGGUGUGGUGCUUGGGGUGGGCGCAGUAUUUAGCGCCGUGGUGGCGUUAAUCGUUUGGGGAACGAGGUUAGGCAGAAUGUUCGAGUGGAGAAAGUGGGACGGUUAUGUGCUGGGUGGGGGGUCCAUUGUGCAAGGGGUGGGGUUACUCGUGGUGGCAAAGACGGCGGAUUUGUAUGUCGCGUGGGGUGGGUGGGUCGUAUUUGUGGGGGUUUUUCAUGUCCUGGUGGUCGCGGUAAAAGCCAAGAUUGCCGAAGCCAUUCUUGAACGGAGUGAGGCAUUCAUUUUCGGAAUCAAUAGUUUAAUGGGGUCAAUAAUUUAUGCCAGUUUCACGUUCGUCAUCACUUCAAGAUUUGGACUGCAACUCGGGAUCAGAGAACAGACCUCAUUUCUGGGAGGAUUUGCCCUCCUUUUGGGGAUAGGUUUCAUAAUUUUGGGGAUUUUGAAGUGGAAAAAGGACGGGCAUUUUACACCUUGUGCGAAAUUCUUGGAGAAAGGGAAAUGUUGCAAGAGAAGGGAUGGUCAAGCCGCUUGAUAUUCAGUGGGGUAGGAAAUUGUUUUCGGAAUUUUGCAAAAUUUCGAAAAACAUGUUAAUGGCGAUUGACCCUAUUUACGAAUCGGGCACACAUUUGCGUAUUCCUAUACCUUGUUAAUUACUUGUGACUUUCCAUUUCAAAAUCGUGAGGAGUCGAUAGUUUCAAAUCCUUGUUAAAAACUAAAAUUCCAAAAAUGUCUAUAAUAAGUCAAAAAUUAUUUAUAUUUAGUCUUACAUACAUAAUUGUCCCUAAAUAGAUUGUAACUAGUCCUAAAUGCAUAUAUUUACUAUCUCUAUCUAUUCUCUAUUGCCGAUGACCUGUUCUAAUUAAAUUACAUUAUAUGUAAAACAUACGAAUUAUACAUGCAUGAUAAAUAUGUAACUAAAUAAUAAUCAUAUGAUAUGACUAAAUACUUAACUGAGAAUAAAAACAUUAC